GUCACAGCCUUCCCACCUAAACCCUGUUAGUCUGGGAAACACAAACCCCACCAAAACGCCACCACCCACAGCAAAAACAAAGCCCCAACAAUCCAAACUCCACUGAAACUCCCGUUUACAGCUCUGUUUGCUGGCUUCUGUGCCACGGCCUGACUGGCUAACGGGCUCCCUUUCUAGGACCCCGAGGCAGAGAAGCCCCGCCCCCUAAUCAGGGCUCAGCUUCUCUCCCAGCACAAAGCCCCUACAAGCCUCUACACAUACAAAUAAUACAAAUACCUUCUCCUCCAGCAGAACUCCCACUGCAUGUAUGAGCUGCUCAUCUGAAACUUGCUAGGGCUGUAGUUUAUUCUGAAUAAAAUAUUCAUGUGCUCUUCUAUGUUGACAGUGCAAGGAUGGAGUUUCUCUGGCAUCUACUAAUGGUGAUCGGGAUCCUGGCAGGGACUGGAGUGUCUCAGGAAUGCACCGCACAACCAGGGGCUUGGAACUUGGCGCUGCGGUGCCCGGCCACUCAGUCCUCCACAUACCAGAAUUACGGACCUGAAAAAGCUGGGGCUGAAAAGGCCGUGGAUGGAAACCACAAUGGGAUUUGGGACAAUGGCUCCUGCACCCACACCGACUGCGAGACAGAGCCGUGGUGGAGGGUGGACUUGGGCAGUCCUCGGUCUGUCUCCGCGGUGAUGGUGAAGAACAGGGAGGACUGCUGUGGGGAGAGAAUCAAGGGGGCCCAGAUCCAUGUGGGAGACUCCAAGGCUGGCCAUGGCAAGGACGACCCCAUGUGA